CGCAUUGAAUGUUCUCUCGAUUCAACCACUUCAAGACAUUUGCGACAAUGGGCAAAAAGAGCUUCAGGGGAAAGAACAGAAGAGGAGGCGGUGGCGGCCGAGGUGGUGGUAACCAGGAUAGAGGUGGCUGGAGAGAUUAUCCUGCCAUUCCUAAGGAGAACGAGAAGCUCCAGCGCUUCUAUGACACCCUCCUUCAGCUGCCUGAAGAGGAGAAGAACGCCUACUGGGAGGCUCUCAGACGUGAGCUUCCUAACAGCUUCAGAUUCUGCGGCUCUAAAGGUCACGCCCUUCUAGUCAAGAGCCUUCUACAGACCAGAUAUAUCCCCGAGAUCGUCAAGAUCGAGCAUCAAGAUGGCCGACCUGUUGAACCUCCCCAGCCUGUGCCCUGGUACCCCGACGAGCUUGCCUGGUGGAUGACUACCCCCAAGAACGUCGUUCGCAAGUUCCCUCCCUUCGCCGCAUUCCAGAAGUUCCUCGUCUCCGAGACGAGCGUUGGAAACAUCAGCCGACAGGAAGUCGUCAGCAUGAUCCCCCCUAUGCUGAUGGAUCUCCGCCCUGGCAUGACCGUACUUGACAUGUGUGCUGCUCCUGGAAGCAAGGCGGCGCAACUGCUCGAGAUGAUUCACCAGGGCGAGGAGGCCCGUGUGCGCAAGGUUCUCCGAUCUUAUGCUCAGGAAGAUGGCUUGGAUCUUGGUGCCGAGACCACAGAUGAGAUUGAGGCCGACCUCGAAGCCGACCCCAGCGACGCUGGACGGGCUACUGGAAUGCUUGUCGCCAACGAUUCCGAUUACAAGCGCGGACACAUGCUUGUCCAUCAGCUCAAGCGACUUUCUUCCCCUAACCUUCUCGUCACGAACCACGAUGCUACCCAAUUCCCUUCGAUCAGGCUCCCUGCUAAGGAUGGCAAGAAGCCAACCUACCUCAAGUUCGAUCGCAUCCUGGCUGAUGUCCCUUGCUCCGGUGACGGAACUCUGCGAAAGAAUGCCAACAUCUGGAAGGAUUGGCAACCCGGAAGCGCUCUCGGCCUGCACCUCACCCAAAUUCGAAUUCUGGUCCGCGCUCUCCAGCUUCUCAAGGUUGGUGGCCGUGUCGUGUUCUCUACCUGCAGUAUGAACCCUGUUGAGAACGAGUCUGUGGUUGUCUCAGCCAUUGAGCGAUGUGGCGGUCCUGCGAACGUUGAAAUUGUCGACUGCAGCAAAGAGCUGCCCAACCUGAAGCGAUACCCCGGAAUGAAGGACUGGAAGAUCAUGGAUAAGAGUGCCCGUAUCUGGAGCUCCUGGAAAGAGGUUGAGGACUUUGCCAAGGAGAGCGCCGACGGUGUUAUCCCUGGACGAGUCGUUGAGACCAUGUUCCCCAGACUUGAGGGUGCUGAAUGCGCUGACCUGCCUCUUGAGCGUUGCAUGAGAGUCUAUCCUCACAUGCAAGACACUGGUGGCUUCUUCAUCACAGUCUUGGAGAAGAAGUCUGAGUUCAAGGCUAAGAACGAGAACGAGUCGAAGGAGACCAAGCCCGCCAAGACUGAGGAAUCCGCUGAGGCCACUCCUGCUGAAAAGGUUGCUGAAGAGGCACCUGCCAAGGAGACGGUCGAGGUGAAGACUGAAUCGGAGACUGCUCUUGUUGAAGUUGAAGCUACAUCUGCCAAGGCCGAAGACAAGCAGGAGGAUGUUGCUAUGGCGGAUGCGUCUACUAACGGUAGCAAACGACCUCUCGAAACUGAGGAUGCUCAAGAUCAGCCCGCUAAAAAGGUCAAGACUGAGUCUACUGAACCCUCAGCUGCUGCUACUCCUGUUGCCCAAGUGGCACAGGAGGGUAGCAAGCCUCGCCGAAACGGCCCCGUCGAGGAGGCUUUCAAGUAUCUGGACGUGUCACACCCCACCGUCCAGAGCAUUAAGGAGUUCUAUCACAUCUCUAAGCGCUUCCCUGACGAUCGGUACAUGGUCCGAAACGAGAUGGGUGAGCCUGCUAAGGCCAUCUAUUACACCAGCGCACUCCUCCGCGAUAUCCUUAUCGAGAACGAGGGCCGUGGCAUCAAGUUCAUCCAUGGUGGUGUCCGCAUGUACAUGAAGCAGGACGCCCCCUCCGCUGAUGUAUGCAGAUGGCGUAUCCAGGCUGAGGGUAUGCCUAUCCUCCAGGGUUACGUCGGCGAGCCCCGUGUUGUGCACCUCCACAAUAAGGAGACCUUCCGCAAGCUUCUCAUCGAGAUGUUCCCUCGCAUCAACGAUGGCAAGUACGAGCGCUUCGACGAGAUCGGCGAGCGCGUCCGAGAUAUCGGCAUGGGUUGCGCUGUUCUUCGCGUUGAGCCUGACGGCACAGACCCCGACUUUAGAGAGCGUAUGGCUCUCCCUCUCUGGAAGAGCAUCCACUCCCUUAACCUCAUGCUUCCCAAGGAGGAUCGAUCUGCUAUGCUACUACGCAUCUUUAACGACACAUCCCCACUCAUCAAUAUUGCUGCGCAGAAGAACCAGAAGGCUGUCCAAGACGCCAAGGAGGCCGAGGCUGGUGAUGAUACCAAGGAGGAAGUGGAUGUUGCGGAUCUUCCUUCGCCCGAGGAGCCAGCAACGGAGCCAGUAGAGGCUGAGGAACAGAAGAUGGAAACGGCUUAAAAAAUGGGUCAAUGUACAAUUGCUUUGUAUUGUUUUGGUGUUGUUACAGUUUGAAUCAUGAUCAGGGAUGAAAUGUUGAUACAAAUGGUAUAAUACAAGAUGUUUCCAGACUUCGUCUACUCGUCCAGUAAUCCCACAGUCCAGUGUACAAUUCUAUCUACGCCCUGACCGUUAAUUGCGCUCACUGGAAUAACAGCACAGUCUUUUGUCCAAGCAUCCGUUACUCCACUUGGAUGCGGCUUUUCGCCUUUUGUGACACUAUCAAGGUAUUGUUUUAAUUCCUUGAAGUUUUCUUGUGUCUCUGGCAAGUCAGCCUUGGUUGCUACGACAAACCAUGGCUUUCCAGCAAUCUGUAAUCCUGGCUUUGAACUGAAAUCUUCUUCAUCGUUCGCCAUACCUGGGGACAGAUUCAUAGGACCGUCCAUAUCCGACGUCACAUCCCAGUCAAUGUGUGAUUCGAUUGCGCGAUCGGCCUCUUCUUCAUCACGCAUUUGUGCGUAUAAUCCAACCUCACGCCAGAGUGACUCCAAAGCCUUGACUGCAUUGCCGGCGGACAGAUCAAUGACGAAAGCGAGGACACCAGCGCGUUCGACAUGGCGUAAAAAAGCAAUGCCCAGGCCUCGGUCAAGAUGUGCACCUUCAAUCAAACCAGGAAUAUCAGCAAUCGUGAAUCGAGUGCGUGGUUCGGUGUCGACUGCUUCGGGCAGACCCAGUUGAGCAGGAUAGCGGCGAUAACUCUUGAUUACUGGCCGACCGGAAUACUUGUCAAGAACAACCGUGCCGAUAUUGGGCUGCAGCGUUGUGAAGGCCCAGUUGCCCACUCUAGUACGGCUGUUUGUGAUGGCACGAAGGAGGGUACUUUUUCCAGCAUUAGGAAGGCCGACGAGGCCAACGUCAGCAAGGAGCUUGAGCUCAAGCUCAAUCUUCAUGGUAACAGCCUCUUCACCUUUGGUAGCAAACAUGGGCCGAGGAUGCGCCCUGGAUGUGAAGUGGGGGUUUCCCAAACCGCCGAUACCUCCAGUUGCGAGAAGGAUUGGCUUUGGGGUAGGGCGAGAUAAGUCGAGAUGGAUAGUGGGAGGCGGUUGUUUAAGAAGUCGAGUUCGUUUAGGCAAUCGAGGAAAGACGGUUUGUUUGAUGUCAGUCUUAGACAGUCCAGGAUAUAAAAGCCACUUGCGACGCUCAGGAUCCUGAUCGCCCUCCUCAUUCUCCUCUUCGACCUGUUCAUCCUCCUCCCCCUCCUCUUCGUAACCCUGCUCGUUCUCUUCUUGCCUCUGCUUUCGCUCCAGAGCAGCCAUAAGUUCCUCCUUUCUCUUUUGUUUCUGCUGGGCGCGCCACAAGCGCAUAUCCAUCUCUUCGUCAAGCACCGGAUCCUCACGCUCUAUUUCACGGACUACUGUUCCCACAGGCACAGUUAUAAUAAUAUCCUCUCCUCGGGUUCCACUCUUUGCGCUUCCCUGUCCAUGCUUGCCUCGACCGGCUCGAACAAAUCGCUUCCGUGCCAACUUGUGCAGCGAGGUUUCGCCAUGCGCCGCUUGAAUGUAGACAUUGCCGCCGUGACCACCAUCACCACCAUUGGGAGGGCCCUCAGCAAGGUAUGCUUCACGCAAAAAAGAAAUACAGCCGUUUCCACCUCUGCCAGCAUAAAGAGUUAAGAAAGCUUUGUCCGAGAAACUAGGAGACGCAUAGUCGUCCGGAGCAGGGUUUAGUCGGGACUCUGGAAGGUCGUUGAUGGUGGAGUUGAAGCGACGUCGGAGAGCUGCUGUGCUGGCGAGAGUGUGUCUUGACAGGAGUAUCGAAGGGUAGAGGAAUGGUAGGAGUGUCGAAGACAUAGCCGGGCACCGCGGAGCCAUAAUAAGAGAAUUGUGCGACAAUUCUGGUGCAGAAUUGAAG